GCGUGCUGUCCUUGUGCUGCCACUGCUUCCUCUCUUUGGUACAUUCUCAUUCGUUUGGAGUGGAAGCGAUCAUAGCGUCGAGGCACAGCAACUUCCAUCGGAAGAGCUGAUGGAGACGUACAUUGCGAAGCUGUGGACGUGCGGUGUCCUCAGCAAGUUCCAUGUGGACUUCUGCAAGGACCAGUUCAAGCGAAGUCCCCGUAGCAGCAACGCUAGCAGCAAAGUUUUUCGAAUCAUCGCCGAUACGCCACAAGGGAAUGUGUCUUCACCGUCUGGUAUAAGGAAGACAUUUGCGCAGUGGCGAUUUAAUAGAGUCCUCUUGAAAGGCAACCAGAGUUCUUCCAGCAAGAAACCUGACUUCGACGGCACCGACGACUCCAUCAAGAUGUCAGAUGCGUUACUUCCCACCGCAAUCGGUAUCAAAGUCGGUGACGUUACUUACCCUCUGAACGACCCGACCUUGCCGUGGCGCCUGCUGGAGUACUUUGCGGAACUUCAGAUCCAGUUGUCGUCCAUACAAGACGUGGAAAAGCGGAAAACCUACUCGGACUAUCUGUUCCGUAAAAUGAACGUAUACCUCUAUUCAAUUGGUGGAAGUAACUCCGUGGUGAGGAUACCGUCGCAAGGCAUGAGUCCGAAAUCUUUCAUGAGCCUCAUCACCUACGUGGAGCUGUUCCUUAUUUGCAUGAUGUGCGCCUUGUUAGCUUGGUUCGUAGUACACUUGACAUACUAUUGGUUCUGCAGCGGUAGAGGCGAAAGCAGAACGGGCAGAAACCGGAGUGAAACCUACGAUGACCUGUCCAUGACGUCAGUGCAAAAGCGCAGGUCCCUGCGCCGAGCACUGGAAGAGCUGCAUGCCCAGAGUGAAAUUUUAACAGAGUGAAUGUAGUGAAGAGAGCUCGGAGGUCUUAACCAGGAGACACUAUACUCAAGACGUCAUGCCAUUGUUAGAUAUACUUGUAAGCAAAUUGGAAGUGUGGCUUUGCCUUUGGUUCUCAUUGUCUUCGUGAAGCCAUAGAAGUUCCAUUGGACAGGAAGUGACUUGGUAUUGCAUAGGUGUCAUAUGCCUAUCACAAUAAAAUGGUAAAGCGGCA